AUGAAGCAUGUUUGGGAUCUGCUGACAAGUAAAAAAUCUAUGUGGACACACUGUAUUAUAAAGAACAAGUUAAAACUUAUGAGCUACUGGGGUAUCACAAAGCCAUUAAAUACAAGUUGGAACUGGAGAAGCUUAAUUAAAUUGAGGAGUGAAUUAAAAGAUAGCUUUGACUAUACUUUGGAGAAAGGGGAUUGUUCCUUUUGGUAUGAUCCAUGGAUAAAUGGUAGAUGGAGACUCCCUGAUCCUAUGAAUGAACAAACUGAGGAGGCAUGGAGUUUGAUCAAAGGACAGUACAAAAUUAAAAAUGAUAGUAUUAUGUGGAAGCAUGGCAAAACUGGUAAAUUCUCUAUAACCUCAGCUUAUGAUCGUUUUAGAAGUCAUUAUCCUAAUGUAAUGUGGUGGAAAGUCAUUUGGAAUGCUGAUUAUGUCCAAAAACAUGCCUUCAUUUUGUGGUUUGCUAUUAAACAUAGACUUAAAACUAGAGACAAACUGUUUAAUUGGGGUGUAAUUAAUGAUGAUAAAUGCGUGUUUUGUAAUGGGAUAACUGAAACGGUAGAGUAUCUAUUCUUUGAUUGUGCUAUUUCAAAAAGCAUUAUGAAAAAAGUACUACAGUGCUGCCUGAUUAACAGAGAAGUGUUCAGAUGGAGAAGAGAAUGGUCUUGGAUGACUAAAAAGGCUGUUGGUAAGAGCUUAUUGGCAAGAGUGCGAAGAGUUGCUUUUAAUUGCUGUAUAUACCAUAUUUGGAGAGGAAGAAAUAGAUGCAUUUUUGAAAAUAGAAGAGUUGAAGAAGCUACAAUUAAAAGAGAUAUGCUUUUGAAGUUAUAUUAUAGGAGAAUUAGUUCUUUGAUUUUUUUAUCUGUCUUAGUUUUGGGUGGCAGUGAGUCCUGUGUUCUGUUGAUUUACUAUGGCAGGAAUGUGUUGGAUUCUGUUCAGUCUACACAAAUCUUUCAUCUGCCUAUUUUUAUGUGUCAGAAAAUAUAUUUUUCCUUUUCACCGAAAAGAAAAAAAAAACGAUAUUUUCUAACUCAAGCUGCAACUGCAAGGUUGGCAGCGGAGGAGCAGGAAGGUGGUCUUGAUUAUUCAGAGGUGGGAGAGGCUGAAGGAGAAAACUCUCAGUGGUGGCUUGUGGGUAGAUUUUUAACUGAUAAAACUGCCAAUCUUGUGGCUAUGAAAAAUGUUAUGGCAGCAAUAUGGAAACCAGUUGAAGGAGUGAGAAUCAAGGAGAUUAAAAACAAUUUAUUUAAUUUCAAUUUUUAA